AUGCCUCCAAAGCUCAAUCCUUCACAAGUGGUGGACGUGUACGUCCGAGUCACCGGAGGUGAGGCUAAGGUGUCCAUGGUGCCCUCAGCCGUAGUGCUGGUCAUCAAGGUGCUAAAGGAGCCAGAGCGCGAUCGAAAGAAGAUGAAGAACAUCAAGCACAAUGGUUACAUCUCGCUCGACGAUGUCAUCGAGAUCACUAAGGUGAUGAAGCCUAGGUCUAUGGCGAAGGAUCUUAGUGGGACUGUGAAGGAGAUUUUGGGAGCUUAG